UAACACAAUGACAUCACCAGAGAGUGAGACAUCGCAUGUCGGAGGAGUGGCCGCUGAACAGGACUCCGAUUAUGAGGACUUACCGCCGAUUACUAUGGACGGCGAGGACACUGUCGACAGCGGCAACUUAAGCAACCUAUCAAUACAGCGCAUACCAUACACACGGCUGUACGAACCGGCCAAAAGUUUUGGCGAUCCCACCAAUCGAUGGCUACUGGGCAACUGUCCGCUGCGUGUACGUAUAGUCAAUGCUGAGAAUCGUACCGGCCAUCACAUACUCAAUCCCUAUCUGUAUACCAUCGAAGUCGAACACUUGCACUAUAAAUGGCAGGUUAAGAGACGACAUACCCAUUUCCAGAACCUUCAUCAGCAGCUUCUCAUGUUUCGUACGACAUUGCGGUUGCCGUUACCAUUGAAAAAAUAUCGGGAACGACGCAAAACUAUAGCACAGAAAAAUCGCAAACCAGUACCACGUUUUCCUCGACGUCCCGAAGCCCUAAUACUGUCCAAUGAGGCGCUGGAGGAGCGAAAGCAACAACUGGAACUCUAUCUACAAAACUGUCUGAAAAUACCGAUGUAUCGCAAUCAUCACGAAAUGAUGAACUUCCUGGAGAUCAGUCCCGUCUCGUUUGUGGAUGAAUUGGGUCACAAAGGCAAAGAGUUUUUGCUAAUGAAAAGGGCCGGCGGUUUUCGGCGGGCGACCUGUUUUACGCGACUGGAAAAUUUUGUAACCGACAUCACUGGCCACUGGCGACGCCGAUGGCUUGUAGUCAAAGAUAAUUGUAUACUCUAUAUGCGUCCGAAAGACGGCCGCAUUCGCUCAGUUAUGCUUAUGGAUCAGGGAUUUGAGACUAAGGCAGGUGUGUCCACUGUUGGUGUCCAUCACGGCGUCCGCAUAUCAAACAAGUCGCGCGAUCUCUAUCUGAAAUGCUGGACAACCCGUAAGGCCCAGGAGUUGGCCGAGUAUCUCAUGAAAACUGCACAGACCUACGGCCGUGACUUUACCAGCGCCAACAGGUACGACUCGUUUGCACCGAUACGCGAGGACGUCUACGCCCAAUGGUUUAUCGACGGAGCCGCACAUUUCGAGGCCGUGGCCGACGCACUCGAAUCGGCCAAACAGGACAUCUUGAUUGCCGACUGGUGGCUCAGUCCGCACAUCUAUAUGAGACGACCUGUCAUCGACGGCGACAAUUCCCGAUUGGAUCGGAUACUGGAGCGCAAAGCCAAACAGGGAGUCCGGAUCUAUAUACUGGUCUACAAGGAAAUGGAGAUUGGCGUCAGUAUUAACUCCCUAUUCACCAAACAAUGGCUAAUGAAAUUGCAUCCAAACAUCAAAGUACUCAGACAUCCGGACGCCGCACGCGGCGGACCUCUACUGUGGUCACAUCACGAAAAAUUGGUUGUCAUCGACCAGUCGGUUGCGUUUGUCGGCGGUAUUGAUCUAUGCUUUGGCCGCUGGGAUAACUACGAACACCGAAUUACCGAUUUGGCCGGCAUGAUGUUUGACAACCAUAACGGCAAUAACAAAAAUUUUAGGAUCAGAAACUCGACGUCACCGAUGGGACUGAAGAUCCAGUCGCUACAGUCGUUGCAAUCGUUAAGCACCAACCGUUCAGAUAGUGUCGAACCGAUCAACGAAAGUAUUAAGUCGGCAGUGGUGGACAACAUCAGCGACAGAGGGGUCCGAUUUGAUGUCGUCAACAACAAUGUUGUCAUCGCUGAUACCGUCGAUACGGUCGGCACCGCCGCCGCCGGUAAACAGCGAAACGGUUCGUUCGGCAUACAGGAACACAACGUGAAUGAGACGCCACCGCCACUACCGCAACCGCCGCCCUACAGUCCCGAAGUGAUUAUAAUUGGUGAUCCAAAUAAUAAUAAUUAUAACCAAAACAGUACCGUUGUUGCUGUCGAUGGUGUUGUUGAUGAUAUAGACGACGAACCAACAGUACGGGGAAAUACAUUCAAACUUAGGUUGGGCUCGAAAUUGCGGACCAAACGUCUACAAGCAGUGGCCCGCUUCCAGCGUAUGAAAAGCUUUAAGUUUAGUAAACACGACUCACAGGACUCGAUGGCCGACCUAAGAGACAUCGACAUUACCGCUGCCGCAGCCGCCGCCGCCUCAGACGACAACAACAAAUUAGUCAACGACGAGUUGGACUACGCUUUUAUGACACCAAAAUCGUCGGCCGCCGAUCGUAUGGCGGCCAACGGUGGUCUGAAAGGCGGAUCCAAACUGUGGUUCGGCAAAGAUUAUGUCAACUUUAUUGUCAAAGAUUUUGUCGAUUUGCAUCUACCGUUUACCGAUCUGGUCGACCGUAACAGUACACCGCGUAUGCCGUGGCACGAUCUGUCCUGUAUGGUCAUGGGUCGGGCCGCUCGGGAUGUGGCCAGACAUUUUAUUGAACGCUGGAAUUUUACUAAAUUUGAAAAAGCCAAAUUCAAUGACCAAUACCCGUGGCUUAUACCGAAAGCCUAUCCAUCGGUUGGCGAUACGGUUCACAAACCACCGAAAUAUUUGCUCCGGGCCUGUCCAGUAACCGUCCAAGUGGUCAGAUCGGUAGGCCACUGGUCUAUUGGUCAUCGACAAACCGAUCAUUCAAUACUUACGGCUUAUAUCGAUCUCAUCAAUUCGGCCAAACAUUAUAUCUAUAUUGAAAAUCAAUUUUUUAUCAGCCAAUCGCGUAGUCCGCCGCUGGACACCUCCGAAGUGGUGGUCAAUCCCAUUGGCGAAGCUCUCUAUCAUCGUAUUAUCCGUGCGUUUAGGGAUAACGAAACGUUUCGGGUGUUUGUCUUUUUUCCACUAUUGCCGGCUUUUGAAGGUGAAAUCGGGACCAGUCGUGGCACUAGUAUUCAGGCCAUCACUCACUAUAACUACUCGACGAUAUGUCGCGGAGACUAUUCACUAAUAAACCGUUUGCGGCGCGAAGUAGGCGAUCCGUUUCGGUACAUAUCGUUUUACGGCCUACGAAACUACGGGGAACUACAUGGCAAACUGGCCACUGAGCUUGUCUAUGUUCACAGUAAACUACUUUUAGUCGACGACAACAAAGCGAUUAUCGGAUCGUCAAAUAUUAACGACCGUUCAAUGCUCGGCAAUCGCGACUCGGAGGUUGCAGUGGUCAUCGCUGACCAACAAUUUGAUUCGUCGUCGACGGCCGUCAUGAACGGCCAACCGUACGACCGGUGCGGCAAGUUUUGCGGUUCACUGAGACGGAUGCUAAUGCGCGAACACUUGGGUCUGAUUGACGACGACGCCGGCGGCCGCGGCGGUAAAGACAACAAUACUACGAUUGAUGUUCGCGAUCCGAUUAGCGACCACUUCUAUACGGAUACAUGGAUGGCCACUGCCGCCCGAAAUACCGAAAUCUACGAACAAGUGUUUCCAGUGGUUCCCAGCGAUGAUGUCAAAACAUUUGGCGAACUAAAAGACUAUUUGAAUCGGCCGCGAAUGGCCACCACUGAUCCGGCCGAAGCCAAACGAUUGUUGGACAGUCAGAUUCGCGGACAUCUGGUGCUCAUACCGUUACAUUUUCUUGAAAACGAGGACCAACUGUUGCCCGCUUGGGGUACGGGAGAGAAGCUAAUGCCCCUAACCUUAUGGACUUAGAAAUACUGUUUUGUUGUUUAAA